AGGGGGGUGGGGGGCCGACAACUUAAAAAUGGGGAAAAAGGGCUAUGUAUCCUUCUUCCUUCUGGAGCAUCGAUUUCAGCCACCAUCACCAUUCCCACCUUGUUUCCAUUCUCCAAUCACCGAUCACCAGCUUCUUCAUCCACAUCGCUCCACCACCAAAGAUCAAUCUUCUCCACCUUGCAGUAGCUGCGGAGCAUCUUCUACGCCUUACAGUGGCAUGACAGCCCCUGGCUCUCUCCUUUCUUCUCUCAAUUGCCGGCCUCUUCAGUUUCCUGUCAUCUCUGCUACUCGGGUCUCCAUUUUCGGGAAGGUUGCUUUUCAGUCCGAUUCUUUCUUGAGCUAGGUAUAAUUCUGAAACAGAGGGGUUUCUGGGAAAGGUAGUGAGGGAGAUGAACAGAGCCUAGUCCCAUUUACUUUCUUCAAAUCUGGAUCUACCUUUCUCCAAAAAGUUUCGCAAUGUUUACUUUCUUUUGAUGUUUUUCUGUGAGUGUUCGAUAUUAUGUAGUUGUAUGAAUUUUGCUGGAAAAUGAAUGAUAAUUGUUUCG